AUGGCCGACACCAAGUCUGACUUUGCUCCAACCGCCGCUCGACGGGAGGCUGACGAGAACUCCAUCACCCCAGCCCCGCUUUCUUCGCAGCAUCUCGAUAGCCAUCAUGCUGACCAGGACCAAGAGACCGCGGCGUACGCUGGCGGUGAAGCCAUUUAUAUCGACGAAAAGACGAACAAGAAGUUGUUCUGGACCGUCAACAGACGCAUUCUCGUCUGCAUGCUUGGCACCUAUUUUUGCCAGUCUCUUGACAAAGGCACCUUGGGCUUCGCCUCCAUCAUGGGCAUUCGGCAAGAUGCGAACCUCCACGGCCAGCAGUUCAGUUGGCUCGGCACUAUACUCUAUAUGGGUGUCCUGUUCGGUGAAUACCCGACCAACCUCCUUCUUCAGAAGCUUCCCGUGGCCAAGUACCUUUCAGUCAAUAUCUUUUGCUGGGGUGUCGUCAUUGCUUGCUCUGCUGCUGCGGAGAACUUUGGCUCACUGAUGGCGGUCCGAUUCUUGCUUGGUAUGUUCGAAUCGUGCGUGCAGCCAGCCUUCAUCAUCAUGACAGCUAUGUGGUGGCGACGCGAAGAGCAAGCCGUCCUGACUUCGCUCUGGUACUGCAUGACCGGUGUUCAGCUCAUGGUCGGUGGCCUCAUUGCCUAUGGUGCCAGUCACUACGAUGGAGCCGUCAUGAGGUCGUGGCAGAUGCUCUUCAUGGUUCUGGGAAUCGCCACCUGUGUCUGGGCAGUUUUUGUCGGCUGGUUUCUACCCGAUUCGCCCAUGAAGGCAAAGUGCUUCGACGAAGACACAAAGAGGCUGCUCAUUGAGCGCGUCCGCGCGAACGAGACGGGCAUUCAGAACAAGACCUAUAAACGCCACCAAGUCAUUGAGGCUGUCUCUGACCCUGUCACUUGGUGCUACGUCCUGCUUCAGGUUACUUCGACUCUAAUUAUUGGUGGUCUUGGUGUCUUCUCCAACCUAAUCAUUAGUGGAUUUGGCUUCACCGUGUUUGAGACUCAGUUGCUCAACAUUGCCCAGGGUGCCAUCACCAUCAUCAUCAUGAUUUCUGCCGCUUUUACUGCGCAGCGCACUCAACAGACUGCAUAUACCAUGCAUGCUUGGUCGUUCCCCGCCAUCAUCGGCACGGCUGUCAUAUACAGCAUUGUCCCAACGUCCUCGAAUCGCGUCGGUCUCCUGAUUGCCUUCUACUGCACUCAGUUCUUCCUCGCCGAGGGCAAUCUGGUCUUUUCCCUCAUUUCGCGCAACGUCGCCGGCCAGUCCAAGAAGUCUACCACACUCACCAUGUGCUUCAUCGGCUGGGCAGCUGGCAACAUGACUGCCCCCCAGAUCUUCCAAGCAUGGGACGCGCCCCGGUAUCGUACCGGUUUCACUGUCCACUUCUGCCUCUAUGCAAUCUUCAACGUCAUUCUUGUUGUUAUGCGUUUCCUACUUACCCGCCGCAACAAGGGUAAGCGUGCCGCCGUUGCUACCGCUGGCGAAGCCGAAACAUUGCAGAAGGCUGGUGAGGAGAAGAUUACGCACAGCAACGCUUUCGCGGAUCUCACAGACAAGGAGAACCCCGAUUUCCGCUAUGUCUUCUAG